UAUAUAAAGAUGGUGAAGAGAGCAAAUCUUCAUCAGGUUUCAUCCGCAUCGUAUUCCAAGUCGGUUUUUACCAACUUUCUUCCUCGGAAAGCCAAACACAGGUCUCCUGUAGUUCCUAUCCUCAUCCUACACAAUGAAAUACAUUUCAGUAAUUGCUCUCGUCGUUUUGGGAGUCGCUGUGGCAUUGCCAAGAAUGAAACGCCAAGCUUUCUUCCUCCCUGACGGUGUAGAACUGAUCGUCGGUCCCAUUAACACCAACUUCAACUGCGACGGCCUCCGCCACGGAUACUACGCCGACGUGGACAACAACUGCCAGAUCUUCCACGUUUGCAACCCCGUCACCCAUGCCGAUGGCAACCAAGAAACCCUCCACUAUAGCUUCUUCUGCGGCAACCAGACUGUCUUCAACCAGCUCACGCUCACUUGUGCUUUCCCCGAAGACGCAGUGCCCUGCCAGAACGCCCGGGACUUCUACUACGUUAACGACAACAUCGGCAUUGAGGACGCUCUCUUCUUGAGGGACGAAGACGUCGCCAGGGCACAACAACUGAUCCAAGGCAAGAAAUAGGAAACUGCCACGGACAACGUUUCCGAUCGAGCAAUUCUCUGAACAACGUGGCUGCAACAAACAACAACAACAUGGUGACGGUCUGACAUUAUUCCUCGAAGAUCUCGAGAGGAGAGACCAUCCCUCCUCGUCAGAGACUUUACGCGAGUGUUGUCUUCCCCCCUCUUCUUACAAGUGUCGUUAACAUACGGAUAUAGGUUUUCGCAAAGGACCUUCUCAACAAUACCUUCUUCUGGGCAAGCUGGUGCUUUGUUCAUCCACGGGCGUACUGGAGGAAUCGUUGCCAGUACGAAUCCUAUGUGGAUAUUUGGAAAAUAUUUCCCUCAUCCUGGGCUCUUUUGGGCAUUUUUGAGUCUUCUUUCUAUGUUCGUGUUCGUGUUAUUUAUGCUUGAACAAGCAAAUCCAGUGAUACGCACACACAAUGCAUGUCCCAUCGAUAACCUACUCAGUACUUCUUGGUAGACCUUUUUCUUGCAGUUGGUUGAGUCUCUUGUUUGGUUUACAUAUCAUAUUUUCCCUUGAGGUGUUUGUGGGAAACUUAAAAGUUCUCUGUCUCAUGCGCAGCCAAUCCUAGUCUAUGCCAAAUAUGUGUUCUAACAGCUUUUUGAAAGAUGGGGCGGUUUGUUGAACUAAACUUUGUUAUUAACUAACUCUUUCAUUUCUUGUGGGAAGCAUCCCAACAUGCUAGAACGAACCUCACUUUUUCUUCGGGGGACCUACUCCCUCCAGCGAGUGGGAGCGGUCACCCCUCGUCGAAUGGUUCCGGGUCGGAUGGUGGCAAAAGAGGAAACGGUCGUUUUCCUCGCUUCCGGGUGCGGGUGUGUUCUUCUGUAUAAGGUCGCGAUAGUCUAUUUCCUGGAAGCCCCUAUGUAUAUAUACAUUAUAUCUUGUAGUAUAAAGCGUUGUAUAUGUAAUAUUUUUGUGAUAAAUAAAGCAAGCAUUUUUGAAAGAA